AUGGUAACCAAUCACUACGCCGUAAUGGGCAUUCAGGACUUUGCUCGCGGGUCGGAGGCGAAACGCGCCUAUCAUCGCCUUGCGCUUGUAUGGCAUCCAGACAGGCAAGUAAACGCAUCGGAACAGCGCAAGACAGAGGCAGAAGACGUGUUCAAGAAAAUCAACGAAGCCUACGCCAUUUUGAGCGAUAAAGUACGCCGAAAAGAGUUCGACCUCGACCUUCGAAGCGAGCUUCUCGGUAUGUCCGGCGGCACCAGCAAAACAGCAGGUGUACUGCGCGGGGUGCAAAGAGUGGGGAGCUACAAAGGGCCGACGAGGCGAGAGCUCAAUGAGGUGUGCGUGCGGCAACGUCUUCUGCCAAAGCCGUUGUCCGUCGUGCCGGCGCUGGAACACGUUCAACGGCGAAGUCCAGGGGGGGGGAUCGCGAUCGUGCGGGUUCUGCGGCUGCAAGUUUCACGAGGCGUUUUGCCCCGGGUGCAGCAGCUGGGGUGUCUGGGAGGGGAAGAAGGGCUGCAGAUCGCUAUCCUGCGACUGCACCGUUGUGUUCUACGAGAUAUCGUGCCAAUCGUGUGGCAUGUGGGGCAGCGUCAAGGGUCGUCACGCCGACGCAAACAACUCCCUCUCCUGCGGCAACUGUGGCUCGGAGUCCCACGAGGCGUUCUGCCCCUCCUGCCGCCAGUGGGACUCCUACGCCGGCGCCAAGGGAGAGUCCACCCUGGUCUGCAAGAGCCCGCGGUGCCGCGUCCGCCCGGCCGAUGGCAAGAAGACGGCCGCGGCGGUGGCGGCGGCGGCGGCGGCGGCUGA